AUGUCUGCCACAAAGCCUCUUGAGUCUUUGCCGCCCACGCCAUAUCCUGACCAAAUCGCCACCCUCAAGCGUCAGAUCGCUGAACUUGAGCAUGACAAAGCGAACCUUGAUAAAGCAGUGUCUGAGUCUAAUCAACGCGUCGCCGAAGCUGAGAAAAGCACAGCUGCAGCUCGAGCCGAGACUGCAGCGGCCGUGCAGCGCGCCCAAAAACGCUACACCGAGAAGCUACACGCCAACAACGAGGCUCGAAAUCUCCAAGACGCGAUGAAAGAGCAAGCCUUUAAACACAACGAUUCUUCGAUCAAGACCAGUCGAAGGAUGAGUUGCCUUGAGGCCAAAAUCGCGCAUCUUGAAACUGAAGUAUCGAUUAAAGACACUAAAAUUCAAGAGUUGGAAGAAGAACUUCGUGAAACCCACACUGGUUUUCUAGGUAAUCAACAAGAGAAUGUUGAGAUGGAAACACAACUUGGCCAGAUUGUUCAUGAUCUCAAGAACAAGAUCAUAGGACUGGAAAAGUCUCUUGCCGCAGCAGAGCAGGACAAGGAACAAGCUGUCAAAGACAAAGAUGCAAUAGCAAAGUCACAGGCCAAGUUUGAAGUGGAUCAAGCCUAUUUCAAGAGCCGGGAGAUUGAACUAAUGCGAACUAAUCAGAUAAAGCUCCAGCACGCUCAUUCACAUUGGCAUUCAAAAUUAGAGAUCAUGAUGAAAAAAUUGAAAGAAGCAAGGAGGGAGGCCGAGGAGGCCAAGCAAAAAUUGCAGAUGGCGACUCAUGCGAUGCAGAACACCGCUCAGAAGCCUGGCGUGGCGCAACAACAACAGCGGACGAAACUUCAGACUUCCAACUCCAAUAGGAGAAUAAGGUCUAGUCCGAAUAGAGACAAUGAAACUGCUGCAUGCGCGUUCCAACGCGCACAAAACCAGACUCUCCUCCUUAAUAUUAUUAGUCUGAACCAAAACCUGCUUACAAGACCGAACGAGGAUAUACCGGAGACUGAGGCUCAGCCCAUCCCAAGGCAGCCCAUGAAUAUGGCACAGGAUAUUGGAUACAUGCAGUAUCCAUCGACAAGUUUCAACAGUUCGGCUAGCCCAAACUCACCUAUUCCAACUGAUCAACAGCAAUACUCUUCAGCCUAUGGCCAGCCUUCCGUUCAACAACAUGGCGUUCCGAUGCAACCCAUGCGUUCAAUGGGACAGCAGCAAUCCAUGGGCCCCCUGUCGCCUCAGCAGCAGCAGCCAGGUCUUGUACAUAAUGCGAGAUUGAACAAUGCUGGGUCGCCAGCUCCCACUCACUCAAACCACGGGAUCAACAUGAAUUUGGCUGUCAACACGGGUACCGUACAGCAGCCUCAUCGUGGCAUGAUCCAGCAACCUCCACCUGCCUUCAUUCCUAGCCGUACCCACGAAUCCAGCAGCACCAACGCGUCGUUCUUCCCGAACACGCAAGGUAGCGCUGGUCCAUCUACCUAUGGCAACGACAUCUUUGCCACCGAGUCAAGCAACAUCGACUACUUUAUGAAUAACGACUUGGAGUUCACCAAGUAUCCAAUGGGAUCAACGUUCCAGGAUCCACUGUACAGCAACGAUUUUACGCAAAGAAUGAACGGAAACGCUCAAGGUCAGGGCGAUGGUAAUGCCGCUCCAGCAGAUACGAACGCAACGUGGUCGGGUGGCCAAGGCCCAGCGCCGCAUGGAGGUUACGCACCAAGAUGA